AUGUCUUGAAAUGUGAAGAGAAUUAACUUUGACAGUUUUCUUUAAACUACUGUAUUUUUUAAAGCUUACAAUUACAAGAGUAAUAUAAUGAAUUUGUUUGGCGUGCGCGAAGCGCACGCUUGUGUUAUCUUGUUAUUUAGUAUUACAAAAUUUUUUAAUUAUUAAUAGUAACGUAUCAGCGUAUUUUCUUUUGUCUUAUUUGACAGUAGAUAUGUAUACAUGGUCAAAUACGCACAUUUUAAGGUUAGAGAACAUGUCAUCCUUCGAUUCAAUCAUUCAAAAAGAAGCUUGUACUCCGAUAAAAUUUGAUAAUCGAGUACAAUUUCCUGAAAUAAUCGAUGACAAAAUAAAUACGGAAGAAUUUUUACAAGCCUCCCGCGAUGUUGUUCGAACAGUCGAAAAAUUUGGCAAAUUGUUUGCUCCUGUACGAUACGACAUGCAAGGCAAUAUUGAUAAACUUACAACUAGAUAUUCUAUGGAUAAAAUAAGUAACUCAACUCUACAAGACAUGAUCUUGCUUGAAAAAUCUACUGAGGAAGAUCUCGUUGCAGUUGAUGCCUUAAUGUGGUUGAGAAGGGCCUUACAUAUGAUUUUACUAUUCUUCGAAAGGAUUGUGGAAGAUCACAAGACUGGGAAAGCGACAGAGGAUUUAGUUGCUUUUCUAAAAGAGUCAUAUAAAGAAACUUUAGAGCCAUAUCAUGGUUGGAUGGCACAACAAUUGUUUAAUCUCCUGUCACGUAUGACACCUACUCGUUCGCAACUUUUACUGUCAUUGGCAGAUGGAGAAUUGGAUAAAGAGGAAAUUACUUUAUAUAACAUGGAGAUGUCCUUAAUAAAUUUAAAGAAAAAUGUGCUAGCUUUAAAGACAUUUUAUAUUGAUCAUAAUCUAGAAGUGACUACUGUAGUGUAAUAAAAUAUAUUUUAGAGUUUGA